UUUUUUUUGCAGAUUUAUCCAACACGUGGAGUAGCUGGUAUAGGUCACUUAAACGUGAUUCGAUCGGGCCUGCCAAAAUAUUCUCGUCGGGGAAACAAGGACUUGAAAACCACCUCAGUGGAUCACUUGGUUAAUGCCAGGCGGUGACUGAAAGCUGAAUAUUACUGGGUAAUUUUUGCUGGCUUUUUGUUCCGACCACUCGCUGCGCCAUGAAGUACAUCCUGGUUACGGGUGGCGUGAUCUCGGGCAUCGGGAAGGGCAUCAUUGCCAGCAGCGUGGGCACCAUCCUCAAGUCCUGCGGCCUCCACGUCACCGCCAUCAAGAUCGACCCCUACAUCAACAUCGACGCCGGGACGUUCUCUCCCUACGAGCACGGUGAAGUCUUCGUCCUGGACGAUGGGGGCGAGGUGGAUCUGGAUUUGGGGAACUACGAGCGCUUCCUGGACAUCCGACUCACCAAAGACAACAACCUGACCACCGGGAAGAUCUACCAGUCCGUCAUCAACAAGGAGAGGAGAGGAGACUACCUGGGCAAGACCGUGCAGGUGGUGCCACACAUCACCGAUGCCAUCCAGGAGUGGGUCAUGCGCCAGGCCAGGAUCCCCGUGGAUGACGAUGAAGUGGAACCCCAAGUCUGCGUUAUUGAGUUGGGGGGUACGGUCGGGGACAUCGAGAGCAUGCCGUUUAUCGAGGCGUUCCGCCAGUUCCAGUUCAAGGUGAAGAGAGAGAACUUCUGCAACAUUCACGUGAGCCUUGUACCUCAGCCCAGUGCCACUGGAGAGCAGAAGACCAAACCCACCCAGAACAGCGUGCGGGAGCUGAGGGGCCUGGGGCUGUCCCCUGACCUGAUCGUGUGCCGCUGCGCCACUCCGCUGGAAAAUGCCGUCAAAGAGAAGAUCUCCAUGUUCUGCCACGUGGAGCCUGAGCAGGUGAUCUGCAUCCAGGAUGUCUCGUCAAUCUACCGCGUUCCCCUCCUGCUGGAGGACCAGGGCGUGGUCGGCUACUUCUGCCGCCGGCUCAACCUGCCCAUCGAGAUGCGGCCCCGAAAGAUGCUCACCAAGUGGAAGGAGAUGUCCGACAGGUCGGACCGGCUGCUGGAGCACUGCUCGAUCGCGCUGGUGGGGAAGUACACCAAGUUCACCGACUCCUACGCCUCCGUCAUCAAAGCCCUGGAGCACUCCGCCCUGGCCAUCAACCACAAGCUGGAGGUCAAGUACAUCGACUCUGCGGACCUGGAGCCGGCCACCCUGCAGGAGGAGCCUGUGAAGUACCACGAGGCCUGGCAGAAGCUCUGCAGCGCCGAUGGCGUUCUGGUCCCGGGAGGGUUUGGGGUUCGCGGCACCGAGGGGAAGGUCCAGGCCAUCAGCUGGGCUCGGAAGCAGAAGAAACCCUUUUUAGGGGUGUGCCUCGGCAUGCAGCUGGCCGUCUGCGAAUUCGCCCGGAACGUUCUCGGCUGGGAAGAUGCAAACUCCACAGAAUUUGACCCCGAAACCAAACACCCUGUGGUGAUUGACAUGCCGGAACACAACCCCGGGCAAAUGGGCGGCACCAUGAGGCUUGGGAAGAGGCGAACCAUCUUCAAGAGCAGCACCAGCGUACUGAAGAGGCUUUACGGAGAUGCAGAAUACGUAGACGAAAGGCACAGACACCGUUUUGAGGUGAACCCCGAGCUGAAGCAGCACUUCGAGGCGAAGGGGUUUCGUUUCGUCGGUCAGGAUGUAGAAGGAGAGCGGAUGGAGGUGAUUGAACUGGACGAUCACGCGUAUUUCGUGGGGGUGCAGUAUCACCCGGAGUUCACCUCUCGCCCCAUCAAGCCCUCGCCCCCCUACUUCGGGCUCCUGCUGGCCGCUGCCGGGAAACUGCAGAGCUACCUGCUGAAAGGGUGUCGCCUGUCGCCACGCGACACGUACAGCGACCGCAGUGGCAGCAGCUCUCCAGACUCGGAGAUCUCAGAGCUCAAAUUCCCCUCCAUCACCCAGGACUGACGUCACGUCGCUCGGGAAGAAGAGUUCACUCUGGAAGAUCUUGGAGCGCCCUCUGCUGUUCGGAGGAGCUGCGAGACAGGCGUGAUUUUAAGGGCCUUUUUCCCUCUAUUUAAACAUUCACUGCCCAGGAGGGCUGGGGCUUUGGUUCAUAUUUUGUCUGUUUCUUCCUUUCCCUCCCUUGCUGCGCUUCUGAACGGACGGAGUUAUUUAUUGGAGCACUCUGGAGUCACACGUCCCGUCAGCUUCAGGGGACUUCUUUAUGACAAAUAAACACCUUGUGUGCACAGUGACCAGGUCUACCUGUAGUCACUUCACUGUGGGCCAGAGGACGGACAGUUUGAGAAACAGGCCAGAGGCAGUGGAUGGGUGGAGUUUUCCAUAAUUGAUGGACGAGGGACAGCCGAUCAGUACUGAGAAGCUUUAUUAAAAUGCCCUGAUGCAGGAGGGGCUAUGUCCAGGCCUGGCCUGUGCACCUGCAUAAAACCACUGAGAGUCUAUGCUAUUAUACUAUAGCGAGUGCUGCCAUCUACCUGGUCAGUGCAUAUAAAUCCAAGGACAUUUUAAACCCCAGUUGUGACCAUCUCCCUUAACCUGAGUGCAACUUUAGAUUCUCUUGUGCAGCAAUUUUACUUGUGAAAAUAUUUGAUUAAGUUUCCGUAAACCUCCGCGUUCAGUGUGUGGUGAGAAAGCACUGCACACAGGAGCGUAACUCCGCGGGUAUUCUUGGGAAAGGUGAUGUCACUGUGGCAGCUAUUAACCAACUGCAGGUGUCUUUGAUCUAGUCCUGUCUGGUGAAUAAAAUCUCAUAAACACGUU